UUCAUUCCUGCUCUCAUUCCGAGCAUUCUUCGCAUCUCUCUCGGUGCGGCGGAGAUUCCCGUUCACAUUCCCGGCCGGCCCCAAAACACAAGAAUAACUUUACACAGUUCGCAAACAACUAUACAAACCCACAGUAGAACAAAACAAAGGGGCCGAACUUAAAUGUUGAUAUAAAUAAAGCGGACGUUAAGUUCGACGCUGCAGCAGCAACAGGGUGCUUUCACUUUGUCCAGUGACUCAGUCUGACAUAGCACGAAAAUCUUUGACAUUUUUCACAUUUUUGCUAAAGAAGCUGACCUCGCGCGCUCGUGCUCUGCAUUGGCUACGCCGCACAUUUCGGAGCGGAGCACAAAUAUAGCGCGGAGAGAGACUUGUUGCUCGCGUAUCUUUGGCGUUUAUUCACCAGCUUCGGUUCACAUCUCACCCGAUUCACCCUAGUCUGCUCCAGGCUUCGGCUUGGAGGUCCCAACCGCCGCCAUUGAUCCCAACAGCUGGAGUGGCAGUGAAAGCUCUGCCGAGGAUAUUGAGAGGAUGAGUGACUCGGCAGACAAGCCCAUUGACAAUGAUGCUGAAGGGGUGUGGAGUCCUGACAUAGAGCAGAGCUUCCAGGAGGCACUGGCUAUCUACCCGCCCUGUGGACGCCGCAAAAUUAUCCUCUCGGAUGAGGGCAAGAUGUAUGGUCGGAAUGAGCUGAUUGCCAGAUACAUUAAACUCAGAACUGGGAAGACAAGGACAAGGAAACAGGUGUCUAGUCACAUACAGGUCUUAGCAAGAAAGAAAGUUCGAGAAAUCCAAGCUGCCAUCAAGGUGUCUAGUCACAUUCAGGUUCUUGCCAGAAGGAAAUCUCGCGAAUUUCAUUCCAAGCUAAAGGAUCAGAGUGUGAAGGACAAAGCUCUUCAGAGUAUGGCCUCCAUGUCCUCGGCGCAGAUUGUUUCUGCCACCGCCAUCCACAACAAGCUGGGUCUUCCGGGCAUCCCGCGUCCUGCUUUCCCCGGAGCAGCAGGGUUUUGGCAGGGCAUGAUAUCCACGGGCCAGCCUGGAUCCUCACAAGACAUCAAGCCAUUUGCUCAGCAAGCGUACCCCAUCCAGCCAGCAGUCACAACUACAAUCUCAAGUUAUGAGCCCCCAACAGCGCCGGCGCCCACGAUGCCCGCCUGGCAGGGCCGAUCUAUCGGCACAUCCAAACUUAGACUGGUGGAGUUCUCUGCUUUUCUUGAGCACCAGAGAGAUCCGGAUUCUUAUAACAAGCAUCUUUUCGUGCACAUCGGUCAGACUAAUUACUCUUACAAUGAUGCCUUGCUUGAGUCAGUGGACAUACGUCAGAUUUACGACAAAUUCCCUGAGAAGAAGGGAGGGCUGAAGGAAUUGUUUGGCAAAGGUCCUCAGAAUUCAUUCUUUCUCAUAAAGUUCUGGGCUGACUUGAACUGCAACAUUCAGGAUGAAACUGGGGCUUUCUAUGGAGUGAGCAGUCAGUACGAGAGCCCGGAGAACAUGACCAUCACCUGCUCCACAAAGGUUUGCUCGUUUGGCAAACAGGUCGUGGAGAAAGUGGAGACAGAGUACGCUCGCUUUGAGAACGGACGCUUUGUUUACCGGAUAAGUCGGUCUCCAAUGUGUGAAUAUAUGAUCAACUUCAUCCACAAACUCAAACACCUGCCUGAGAAAUACAUGAUGAACAGCGUCCUGGAGAACUUUACCAUCUUAUUGGUGGUGACUAACAGAGACACACAGGAGACCCUGCUGUGCAUGGCCUGUGUGUUUGAAGUGUCAAACAGCGAGCACGGAGCCCAGCAUCACAUCUACAGACUAGUGAAGGAAUGAAGCAGCUCUUUCACACAGACUCUGGACCUCACUACAGUGGCAGUGCCUCUAGCUCAACACUCACUCAAGAUGAUUUUUCCCUCACAUUUGGGUGAUGCUUAUAAUUAUAUAUAUAUAUAUAUAUAUAUAUAUAUAUAUAUAUAUAUAUAAAUAUAUUUUUUCUUUAUUAAUAUGUGUUUGACGUUUAAUUGCAGCUGUGAAUCGCGGUACAGUUGUAUUAUGUUUUAACACAGGAAAGAAUGUCAAAGAAUGCGAUUCAACAUUCAUUCGUAGACUAUACAUAUAAAGUGGCAGUAUCAUUCAACUUAAAGGUUAGGUUGAGUUCGAAUGAAUCUGAAAACGACCUCAUUUAGAAUUGUAUUUUUGUUUAUCUUGAAAGCGUACAUAUAUGAGUGCAGCCAUAAAUGUGUGUGAGUAGGAUGUAGGUGUACAGAUGAAUAUACAUGCUUGCGUACGUAGGUAUUUUUCCCAAAGUAAAAGUAUUGGAGGAAUUUCUUCCUGUAACUGAUUUAUUGAAAAGAAAAAGAAAACAAAUGAUUGUGGCCAUCGGUAAACAAACUGUUCCUGCAUUCCGAACAUUCAGGGAAUUCAGAAGCCCAGCCCUUGAAAAUAAUGACUCUGUACAAACUACUUUUUCUCCUUCGUUGAGGAAUUACUGCACUGUGAUAUGAAAUGUUUAUACCAACCUGUGUCUGUUUUCAUGUGUCAUCACCUGCAAUAAGAAAAUGCAGAGAAUCGACCCCUUACUGUUGACUGUACAGCUAAACGCCUCCUGCCAACACGCUUGUGUGAAAGGUAACUCUAGAAACAAGAAGCACUGCAUUAACUACCAGGGGCUGAUGGACGAUCCAUCAGACUGACCCGAGCACUUGGACUGUGUUUACCGCUGGGAAAGCCACACGUUUUAUGAAGCCCAUCCCUGAAUGUGCUGUACAUUACCCGUACGUCACGGAGCACUCCUUCAUCCUCUGUAAGAAUCUGUCCCAGAGUUCCUCGCUGCCUUUGACAUCCCCACACAGCCCACGUCUCUGUGGCCUAAUCGAUUUCUACGACUGCAAGCCUUAAUAACGGUUGUGUGAACUCCAAAAGAUGCCACUAAAACUGUGAUCUCUUUCCUAAGCUGGAAGACUUUCUUGUUAUCGUCACUUGUUGUAGGAGUUGUACAGUACAAACCUGCCAAAGUGUAACAAUAUACAGCACAGUGCCUUAGUGUAUGAAGCGAAUGUGAAUGAGCACAGUCGUUUUUGGGAAAAAGUAACACUGAAGGUGUGGUCACAUUUACUGUUGCUAGGCAAAGUUUGCAGAUGAAAUCAAAUGUUCUGAUAGGAAUCUGUGUG